AUGACAUUAGAAGAGAAAUUUCAAGCUGCUGUCGACAUUAUUCAGAAAUUACCGAAAGAUGGUCCUCUCUCAACAACAAAUGAUGACAAAUUGAAAUUCUACUCACUUUUUAAACAGGCAACUGUUGGAGAUGUGAACACAGAGCGCCCAGCUUUCUAUCAAUUGAUCGAGAAAGCGAAAUGGGAUGCUUGGAAAUCUGUUGAAGGGAUUUCAAAGGAAGAUGCUAUGCAAAAGUAUAUUGAUGCAGUGAAUGCUGCUUUUGAGAAAGCUGCUGAGCAAGUUGAUGUGAAUGCUUGGUUGAGUGGAGAUGGAUUAGAUCCAAGUAUCAAGACCAACCUCGCGAAGAUCAACGCCAAA